UGAAAAGAAAGGAUACCAACUUCAGCAGUUUCAGAUUCAUAGAAUAGCCAUGAGGAGGAAAAGAGGGAGGAAGCCAAAAGAUGAAAUCCAAAUAGUUAUUAACGACGAUGAACAAAUUCAACAAAUUGGGGAUGGUCCUUUUAUAACAGAUCUUCCAAGAUCUGUCGUUCAAGAAAUUUUAUUAAAGCUCCCAAUAAAGAGCAUUCUCAUGUGCAAAAUUGUGUACAAGACUUGGCAUGGUGUGAUUUCGGACCCUGAAUUUACUCGUAUGCACUUUCAUUUGAAUCAAGAAGAAGCCUAUCCUAUGAUCCGACCCUGGCAUAGGCUGCGUGUGGGAAGAACCCUAUACUUGGUGGAGCCUGCUGAGAACUCUGGUUUUGAUUUGGAAGACCAUACCGGUGACGAUGGCACAUUGAAGUCUAUUCCCUGGCCUGUGCGAAUGAGUAUUACCAAUUGCAAAAUUCCGUUGCGCAAUCCUGAGGAGGCAUUCAAGUAUCACAAUAAGCUCGUUGAUUAUAUGCUUAACAGGAAACGUGGUGCUAAAAAGAAACAUAGACCUUGCAUCAAUGACAUAAAUCCACUCGAUCACAGGUACGAGUUGGUGAAUUCGUGUAACGGCUUGCUUUGCUUGGCUGAAGAACACAACGGACCUUCUGUUGUGUGCAAUCCAAUAACUGGCGAGUUCAUACACCUACCUCAUGUUUUGAAGAACGAGAGUCACAAGAAAUGCAUUGGUGGAGGAUUUGGUUUCAGUCCGAAGACUAACAAGUAUAAGGUGAUAAGAGUCCUUCAUGAAGGUGCAGAUCAUCCCAUUCAGGUGGUUGAUAUAGAGAUACACACACUAGGGACUCAUUCAUGGAAAGAAGUUGGUAGUUCUCCCUUCGCCGAACAUAUGAAAUCACCCAUCUAUUUGAAAGGUUCUCUUUAUUGGUACAGCAGUUUGGAUAGCAUAGCUUCUUUCGACUUGGACACUGAGCUGUUCCAGUCAGUUCCACCAUUGCCUUUUCAGGUGGAUUAUCUUGAACGGGGCAUGGGGGUUUUGGGAGAGAGUCUUUCUGUGUGUGCUACGCACGAUAAUCAAAUCGAUGUGUGGGAAGUGGAAGAUCAUGGUGCGCAAAUGUCUUGGAAGAAAAAGGUUUAUGAUGAUAUAGAUGUUGGACGAAGACAAAGCUGGCCACAGGGCUUGUAUAUACCAUUGAAAUACUUAACCGAUGGAGCUCUGUUAAUGUUUAAAAGGGAUACUGAUGCCUUGGUUUACUAUCAUCCAAGAAGAAAUUACAGAUCAAUCCUUUAUCUUGAUCUUAAGAUUAGAGGUAGGUACAUAGAAGGGUUUGAAGUAAUUCGUCAUAUUCCAAGCCUAAUGUCACUCAAGGACAUACAGCAUGAUCUAGAAGUACUGAAUGUAAAUUCAAGAUGUGCAGAGUACAAGCUGCCGCGGGAGACUAGAGGUCUUCAAUUGAAGACAUUAUGGUGGUGAUACAAGUCGAUCUCACACCUUGAUUUCCAAAACUAAGGUGAGCACUGAGCUGUUAUACAGCAGCUUCAAUUUUGGUGUUUUAUCAAUUUAUGUUGCUUAGAAUAAUUUUGGAUCAAAAAUUACCAUCAUGCUUAUCUGUAGAACUACAACGCCAAAGAUCGGGUGGGAUCACUGGGAUGUUAUAUAUCACUGGGUGUCAAUUUUGAUAUUAAAUAAAUAAUAUCAAGUUAUCAA